AUGUCAUUGAAAGGUGGACCAGAUUCCACAUUUAACGAUAGUUUAAUCAGAGAAGUACGUCUGAAUCCAAUAAUCUAUGACUUCUCACAUCCUCUUUAUGGUAAUGCAAUCAAGAAACAGGAGACCUGGAUUGAAAUUGCUGCCAAACUUAAUGAGAAGGUAGAAGCUGUAAAAACUCGCUGGCGUACUUUACGCGACCGAUACACAAAGGAACGUCGACGUGUGAUGACGUGCGGUGUCGGAUCAUCGUUCUCCUAUUAUGCUGAUCUCUGUUUCUUGGACAACUCCUGCACGGAAAAUAGGAUUGUACUAUCAAAACCUACCAAAAGUUGUAACCGCAGCGGCAAUGAUAGAAAUAGCAACAAUACUGCGGCUCAUUGCGAUGUUGCGACAUCUAUGUUCGUGAAACCAGAAGUUUUUGAACAGUCAUCCGAUACCAGUUAUAAUUUCGAUAAUAGGAUCGCUGAUGACAUGUUAAUGGAGCAAGAAGAAACAGUCCCUUCUUCAUCAGGACCUGAGCGUUCAAUACAAAGAAGACAGAGGAUUCGAAAAGCAAGUCAUAAAUCUCCAACACCGCCCGUAAGCUCAGCGACAGCAACAGCUGGAACAGAAAUAGCUGAAUUAGUGUCACUUGAAAAAGUACCAGUAAAACGCUCUAGACUCGAUCCUUCACCGGAUUCACCAUCAGAUACAGUUGCGCGUGCAUUGAUGCGUAGUGUUGAAGCGUUGCAGCGUUUAGCGGAACGGAAACCUGCCUUUGAUCGAGCAGUCGGUUCUCGUGAUGCUGACGAGUGUUUUGCCGACUUUGUUUGUAUGUCACUGAAGUCAAUUGAUAAUGGUAGUAGAGUGCAUGCUCGAAUUGCAAUUCUUCAUGCUUUGGCACAAUUUCAGACAUAA